UCACUCUAUAUCUUCACCACCGUUCUCUCAUCAAUCUCACUCACCAUUUCCUCACAUACCCUUUUCUCCAAACCGAUCCAAUUCACCAUAACUCUCCGAGUUUUCCCGAUUCCGAUCGAUUUUCCGAGAUGGGUCUCUCGAUGACAGCCGAUCCUCCAAGCUGCGUGACCGAGUCCCACUACAACACCCACAAGGUCUUCCUGCUCUGCAACUACAUCCUCCUCGGCGCAGCCUCCAGCUGCAUCUUCCUGACUCUCUCCCUCCGCCUACUCCCUUCCGUCUGCGGAGUCUUCCUCAUCCUCCUCCACGUCAUCACCAUCAUCGGUGCGGUCGCGGGCUGCACCGCAGCCUCGAGGGGAUCCGGAAAGUGGUACGGGGUUCACAUGGUGGCCACUGUGCUCACGGCCAUCUUCCAGGGAUCGGUGUCGGUGCUGAUAUUCACCAGCACAGGGAACUUUCUGGGAAACCUCAAGUCUUACGUGAGAGAAGAAGAUGGUGCUGUGAUACUGAAACUGGCCGGUGGGUUGAGUGUGCUGAUAUUUUGUUUGGAGUGGGUGGUGUUGGUUCUGGCCUUCUUCUUGAGGUACUAUGCUUAUGUUGAAGGUGGUCAAGCAGGGCAGCAGGGUCUGAGGGCUUACCCAAUCAAGAGGACUGCCAAGGUUCAGCAGGAUGAUGAUUUGAAGGACUGGCCAUGGCCCUUCCAAGUCUAGAAAAAAAGAGUCUUUUGCUCUUUGCUGGGGAUAGAUGGUCAUUUGCAUGACCAUCACCAUGGGAGGGAGGAUGUUUUAUAUAAUCUCAUAUUGUAUUUGUUGCUUAUUUUGAUUCUAUUCAUUUGUUUCAUGUGAUUUUGCAUUACUUUGAUAAGUGAGUUGUUUUUUAUAUUUGUAUAUUUUGGCAAGUAUUAUGAAAUAUCUAUCUUAAAUCUUAAUAUUAUAACCAUAUUUGGUCCAA